AUGUUUGCUGUAGAGGAAAUUAACAGGAAUCCUUUACUUCUCCCUAAUGUUACUUUGGGCUAUGAGAUCUAUGACUCGUGUGACUAUGUCUCGAACGCAGUGGAAGCCACUUUGAAAUUGUUCUCUGGGAGACAGGAUCAUGUUCCAGGCUACAGGUGCACAACCAAAGGGCCCCUGGCUGGAUUUAUUGGGCUGCCAUAUAGCAUGGCAGUUCUUACGCAGAUCUAUAGAUACCCACAUCUGAGCCAAUACCUCAAAAAUCUGCAAAUGAAAUCAGGAGAAAAAUUGUAUUCUGCAAAUGAAGGACCGAUAGGGCAGUAUGAUAUUAUGAACUGGGUGACAUCUAGGGGAACGGUUACCUAUACUCAGAUUGGCAGCUUCUUCCCAUUUGCUCCUGCAAAGCAGCAACUGAUAAUCAACCAAAGUGAUAUCAAAUGGAAUCACAAAUUUAAACAGGUACCAAAAUCAAUAUGCAGUGAGAGUUGUCCUCCAGGAUACAGAAAAGUUCAAAGGAAGGGACAGCCAGUCUGCUGCUUUGACUGUAUCUUGUGUUCAGAAGAUGAGUUUAGCAAUGAAACGGAUUCCACAAACUGCAUGAAAUGCCCUAAAGAUAUGUGGGCAAAUGAAAUGCAUGAUGGCUGCUGGAAUAGAACACUGGAGUUUCUGUCAUAUCAAGAGGUCUUAGGUGGUACUUUGGCUUCUCGUUCGAUUCUGGGGUCUCUCCUUCCCCUAAGCAUCCUGUUUAUCUUCUUAAAGAAUGCCAAUACUCCAGUUGUAAAGGCAAAUAACCGGAAUCUCAGUUACAUUCUUUUGGUUUCCCUGUUUUUCUGUUUUCUCUGUAUUUUAAUGUUCAUUGGUCGUCCUAUUACUAUAACCUGUAUCCUCAGGCAAUUUAUAUUUGGUAUCAGUUUUGUCUUGUGCAUCUCAUGUGUUUUGGGAAAGACAAUGAUGGUGGUGAUCGCCUUCAACCUCACAAAGCCAAAGAGUAGUGGGCGAAUGUGGUUGAAUUCUCGAGUCACAAACACCCUGGUGCUUGUGUGCACAGCUAUACAAGUAAUUAUAUGUGCUGGAUGGCUUGCACACUCUCCCCCUUUUGAAUACACUGAUAAUAAAUCUAAGAUGGGCAUCAUUAUUGUGGAAUGCAACAAGGGGUCAUCUGUUGCUUAUUCUUGUACAAUGGGGUAUAUGGGAUUUUUAGCUACUUUAUGUUUUGUAGUUGCUUAUUUGGUGAGAAAGUUGCCAGGCAGUUUCAAUGAGGCCAAACUGAUCACCUUUAGUAUGUUGAUAUUUGGAGCUGUUUGGAUCUCCUUCAUCCCAGCCUACCUCAGCACCACAGGGAAGUACAUGAUGGCAGUGGAGGUGUUUGCUAUUUUAUCUUCUAGCAGUGGAGUAGUCUCAUGUAUAUUUUUGCCAAAGGUCUACAUUAUUAUUCUGAGCCCAGAGAUGAAUAAGAUAGAAAUAAAAAGCGCAAACAAAUAAUGAAGAUAUGUGGGCAAAUGAAAUGCAUGAUGGCUGCAGGAAUAGAACACUGGAGUUUCUCAUAUGAAGAAGGUCUUAGGUGGCAAUUUGGCUGCUCUUUUGAUUUUAUCUUCUUAAAGAAUUCUGAUGUUCCAGUUGUGAAAGCGAAUAAUUUCAAUCAAGAAAAUUAAAGUGCAUAUGUGCCAGUAUUAUUGUUUCUUUUCUUUAAAAGUGUAUGUGAAAAUCUUUUCC